UUUUUUCCUAUAGCUGUCAGUUGUUGACUGUAGAAAACUAUAGUUGUACCAAUUAUAGAUCAAUAACAAAUCAGUGAUCAUUCUUGUUUGCAAAUUACUCUUAGCAUUCAACAGAUUUCAGAAAUGGAGAUUGGGUUAGCAGUUGGUGGUGCAUUCCUCUCUUCAGCUUUGAAUGUUCUCUUUGAUAGGCUAGCUCCUAACAGUGAUCUGCUCAACAUGUUUCAGAAGCAUACAGAUGAUGUUCAGCUCUUUGAGAAGCUGGGGGACAUUUUGCUUGGUCUUCAAAUUGUGCUAAGUGAUGCAGAGAAUAAGAAAGCAUCAAAUCAAUUUGUGAGCCAGUGGUUAAAUAAGCUUCAGAGUGCUGUGGACGCUGCUGAAAACUUGAUAGAACAACUCAAUUAUGAAGCUUUGAGGCUUAAAGUGGAAGGUCAGCUUCAAAAUCUUGGAGAAACAAGCAACCAGCAAGUAAGUGACCUUAACCUGUGCUUGAGUGAUGAUUUCUUUCUUAACAUAAAGAACAAGUUGGAAGACACUAUUAAAAAACUGGAGGUGUUGGAAAAGCAAAUUGGUCACCUUGGCUUAAAGGAGCAUUUUGUUUCGACUAAACAAGAAACUAGAACACCUUCAACUUCUUUGGUUGAUGAUGCUGGUAUCUUUGGAAGGCAGAAUGAAACAGAGAAUUUGAUUGGCCGUUUGUUGUCUAUGGAUACAAAGGGAAAAAAUCUGGCUGUAGUUCCUAUUGUUGGAAUGGGCGGCCUGGGUAAGACAACACUUGCUAAAGCGGUGUACAAUGAUGAGAGAGUGCAGAAACAUUUUGGUUUGAAAGCUUGGUUUUGUGUUUCUGAGGCAUAUGAUGCUUUCAGAAUAACAAAAGGUUUACUUCAAGAAAUUGGCUCAACUGACUUGAAGGUUGAUGACAAUCUUAAUCAGCUACAAGUCAAAUUGAAGGAAAAGCUGAAUGGAAAAAAGUUUCUUGUUGUCCUUGAUGACGUGUGGAAUGAUAACUAUCCUGAGUGGGAUGACUUGAGAAAUCUU